UUUUUCUCUCGGUCGAAGGUGGACACUCCAAAGAAACGAGCGGCGACCUCUUUAGUUAAAGAAGAAUUCUUAGAAAUUGUGUUUGUAUAAAUAAGAAAUAAAGGAAAAGCCAAAGAAGUUUUUUUUAUUAAAAUAUCUACAAUAAAAAUAAAUAUAUUAAAAAUAAUAAAAUAAAUUUGAAAUUGAUCAAAAUGCAAAUAUAUUUUUAGUUGAAAAAGGAUUUUAUGAUUCUGUAUCUCGUAGUUUUCAAAUAAAGUGAGUGCAAGUGCUUUUUGUUGUAGAACAAUAAAUAAAAAAAUUGUCUAAAUGAGGAUGGCAGCCACAGCUGCCGUCUACAAUCGGCUCCACAAUACAAGUGUGGGUGUGGUUGGAGGCGGCCUAAGUUCUGGACCAGCCGGUGGAGGCAGUGGCGGAGGUCUGGGUCACCAUCAUCAGCUGGCACGUUCUCUAGAACGCAUACUAGAGGAGGCCCAUCUCAGUGGAGAACUUAUAUUGACCAAUAGAAAAUUGAAAGAUUUUCCAAAAACUGGCACCAAAUAUAAUCUCAACGAUACAGUGAUUGCAGAUUUAUCCCGCAACCGAUUUUGUGAAUUGCCGGAAGAAAUUACCACAUUUUCUUUUCUUGAAACGCUGCUGCUCUAUCACAACACCAUACGCAGCAUACCGGAAUCGGUGAAACAUUUGACUUCUUUAACAUAUUUAGACUUGCGCAGCAAUCAAUUGUCUUCAUUGCCGCGUGAAUUAUGCUUUCUACCCCUGCAAGUAUUAUUGGUAUCAAAUAAUCGUUUGACUGCGCUACCGGAUGAAUUGGGACGUAUGGAUCGUUUAACCGAUUUGGAUGCUUCAUACAAUCAGCUUACAACAUUACCAGCACGCAUUGGUGAAUUGCGUUCUUUAAGAUCGUUUUCUUUGCGUAGCAAUCAAUUGAUGUAUUUACCUCGAGAAUUAACCUGUCUAACAUUGGUUUCAUUGGAUGUAUCGAAUAAUCGCAUUUCUAGUCUACCUCUUGAAAUUCGUCAAAUGUCAACGUUGGUUGAAAUCAAUCUUGAAAAUAAUCCCAUGACUUCACCGCCAGCUAGUCUCUGUGUUCGUGGUUUGGUGCACGUCUUUAAAUAUUUAGAAACUCAAGCAACCAAAGAAGAAAAAGGCUCUCGAGCUGGAGGAAAUUAUGAUGGUUACACAACCUUAAGACGGGCACCGCGUAACAAUUCCAAUGGCAAUGUUUUAGAGACACAUCGUGUUGUUAGACAUCAUGUGGAUUCUGGUUACAGUACUUGUGAUGGUAUUGAUAAACGUUGGUCUCAUGAUAUGCCCCUGAAAUCAAAAAAUGAAUCUCCCAUACGUAUGACACCUACAACACCUCCUUUAUCAAAAGCAUCUCUGCUAAAUGCUGAUCUCAUGGAUGCCUCAUUAACUUCGAGUACAAGUACCAUAGUCGAUGAAUCGAUAAGUGUAACAGCUGCUGUAGUCAAACCCUUAAAUAUGGAAAGUCAGUCUACAAGUGAUUUGAGCUGUUCGCCCAUUAAACGGAAAGAGGAAAAUAAUUUAAUGCAUUUACAACAACAACACCUCAAUUAUGUCCAUAACCAUUCUAGUUCGAGUAGUGGUUCCACACCCGAUUUAGACGAUGGCAUGAUCGAUCACAAUCUACAGCAACAACCAAAUGGCAAAUUAGAUGAUAAAGUAAAUAAAAAUUUGGGAAAUAUACAAACUUAUAGGGAAUAUAAAGAGGCUUUAAAACAGCAACGUAGUCAAGAAGUCUACAAAUUAAAAGAACAAAAACAUGUUUAUGAUGCAAAUGAAUCCCCCUCUCCACAGCCAAACGAAGACAUGGAAAUACGCUUGAAUGGUAAUGCGCAAAGCGCACCAGUGCCAAAAUCCAUAAUGAAAAAUAGUGCCAAUAAUUCAAAUGCAACAUUAAAUGGUGUUAGUGUUAGUGUCAGUGCUAGUGGUGUGGGCAACAAUUCAGUUGUCGUAAGCAGCAGCAAUGGUGGCAUCGAAGAAACUGUAGUUAUACCAAAGAAACCCAUACAAAAAGUUAUACCCUCCAGAAAUACCGAACUAAUGUCCUCAACGAAACAUGCUGCAAACGAUGUCCUAUCGACAGUUACAACAAAUGGCGACUGUAUUGGUUAUGUCAAACCGAAUAGUCCUAUGAAAACCCUAAAUGGUGGUAGUGUUGUUAGUGGUGGCAAUGGUCUAACGGGUCUUGGAGUUGGCAUCUUAACGAAUAAUAAUAAAUUUACAACAACAACAAUGACGACAACUACAACAUCAUCGACAACGGGAGGAGGUAUAAAAUCACCAGUUGGCAAUAAUAGCAACAAAAUAAUAACUGGCAAAGCACAUAGAACUGUUACUUGGAAUCAUGACAUACCACCAGAGAAGUUAAGUUUUACUAUGCGUCGAGAAUUCGAUCGUCAAAGAGAGGAAAUCGAACUAAUGACACAAUUACGCAGUAUUAUUGAAACCCGAUUGAAAAUGACUCUACCCGAUGAUAUAGCAUCCGCUUUAACUGAUGGCGUUAUAUUGUGCCAUUUAGCAAAUUAUGUUCGACCACGUUCGGUGGCCAGCAUUCAUGUACCAUCUCCAGGAGUAUCAAAACUUACAAUGGCCCGUUGUCGUCGUAAUGUGGAUAAUUUUUUAGAAGCUUGUCGUAAAAUUGGUGUUGAUGAGGAGUUGAUUUGCUCCUGUGCAGACGUCAUACCCCUCUCUGCAACUGAUGCUGAUGGUCAUGAUAAUGAUGAAAUCGUUACAUUAGAAGACUUUAACGACAACAACGAUCAACUGUAUCGCAACAAUAAUAAUUGCACAGAUGCACAGACUGAUGCAAAAAAUCACGAAGAUCAAAAGCGACAACAGCAACGCAAAAUAUUACCAAAUCCAUCGGCCGUGCUGAAAACUGUGGCUGCAUUAAUAGCAAUGGACAGUAAUCCGCAACAUCAAAAUAUAAAAAACUUGCAACAGCAACAUGAAUUUCAAAUGAAAUUACAAGAGUUUCAAAAUCAACACCAACAAGUGCCACAACAUUGUGUGGAGGAUAAGAAACACUUAUUUUAUAUAAAUAAAAAACCAGACUUGAGCAAACAACGUCGUUGUAUGCUGCUUGAAAAUAAUGAAUCACUGCUAGAAGAAGAUGAAGAGGAGAGUGACGAUAGAGAACUACAGAAAUUGAUGAAAGAAGAGCAAAACCAAUUAACUGCAACCUGCACCAAAGAACAGAUGAUGAUGGAAUUUCAAAAUUCCAAUUAUGAUAAAUUUGAUCAUUAUGAUAAUAAUUUAAAUAGUGAUGGCGGUGGUGGUGGUGACUGUUAUGGCAAUGGUCAUCAGACAGACAACUGUUACAGCAGUAGCAGCAAAAAUGGUCACAAUAAUGCCAGCAGCUGCAACAAUGAAAGAAAGCAACAAGAAAAACAUGUUGGCUCUUCUUCAUCUUCUACAACCACAUUAAGUGUUGGAAAUUUAUAUCGUCAUUGUAAAUUGAAAACAUUUCAAAAAAUCAAAUUAAAUUUGAUUACACAUCAUGGUAAUAGUGGUGGUAGUGGUAGUAAUCAUUGCUCCUCCUCUUCUUCUUUAUUGUCAUCCUCAAUGGAUGGCAACAUGUUACAGACAAUAGUUGAGACAGAUAAUGAUGUAAUUAGUGGCAAUACAACAACAUCAACUACCGGUUUAUAUCAAAUUAUCGAUGAGAAAUAUAAAAUCAAAGAAACUGAACUAUCACUUAAGGUGAUUAACAGCCAAUCCUCUAAUAAUAAUACUACUUCAACUACAACUGCAGUCAGUGCCAGUAAUAUGAAACAUAAACUAUUCGAUUUGUCUGGCAUGGAAAAUUCAUGUGAAAAAUCUCCAACAACUUUGUCAUCAGCAACAUCGGCACAGCCCACUGAUGCAAUAGCAGCAGCUGCAACUAUCAACAAUACAGUAUCGAAACGUAUCGAGUUCUUUGAACAUGCCAAUAUACCAAAUGGUGGCAUAAUUAAACCCAAAUCAAACAUAUACAGUAUUUAUCGUGUCAACGACAAUAUGGCCAUCGAAGAUGAGAAACUUGUGAAGAAUGUUGUUAAAUUAAAAGAAGCUGGAUCUUCAAAAUCAACGGCAGCAACAUCAUUCCUAUUAAGACACGAUUCUCAUACUCUAACAAUCAUACUAUCGUGUGUUUUUAUUGUGACAUUUUUGCUGUUGGUCUUCUUUCCACUGCCAGGCUAGAAGAGUUUCUUUCAAAUAUUUCUUUAGAAAUUGCAUUUUAGUUUUAAGUAAACAUAUUUAUUGAACUUUGGCCAACUAUCUGCCAAACCAAACUUUCCUUACAUUCUCUAAUAUGUUGUAUAAUGUCACUGGACAUUUGAAUUUUUAUAAUUUUAAAGUUUUAAGCGUUUUAAACGAAUGAACGCUUUUCGAAUGAAUUAAUAAUUUUCAUUUAGUAAUUUACAUAUAAACAUAUGUAUUGCUUUUAUAUACAUACACAAACAAACAUAAACACACAAAUACCAAUUAUACCAAUUAUAAGAUAAGAAAGAUUUUAUACAAGAAAACGUUGCUUAGUGAUGCUUAUAGGAAUACCUAAUCCCUAAAGAAAGUUUACAAAAUACUUUAGUAGAGGCUGCUUAAAAUUUAGUAUUUAAUUUAUAAAAAAACACACAUAAGAAAAAGAAACGAAUUUUUAUGAAUUUAUUCUUCCUUUAUAUAAUUUUAAAAUUUACAAAAAAGAUAAGGAAACAAAUUUUAUUGAAUUUAUUCUUCCUUUAAACGAUAAGGUAUUGAAAAUUUGUUUUGUUUUUAUCAAAAUCUAACGAAUGCAUUUAAAACUCCCAAAGACUUGAAUUAUACAAUCUCUUAUAUAUUCCAUUUAACUUUCCUUAAAAGUUUCCUAUUGAAACUCUAAAAACAAACAACUAAUGAAAUAAACACUAACAAAUCAUUUUUAACUACUAAUUUUAUAAUUAAAUGUCUUUAAAAUGUUUUAUUUGAAAAUAUGUAAGGAAUUAAUUUAGACUUGACAUUCUUUGUUUGUGGUCACGGAGGAAUUACUUCAAAAGAAUGAAUAGAAAUAUAAGAAUUAAAAGAACUAUGAACUAUAAAGAGAAAAUAAAAGACUAUAGUUAAGUGUUUUUUUUUUUCAAUUCACCAAUAUUUGAUUUAAAUUACAAUUUGUUAAAAAAAAUAUUUAAUUACGUCUAACAAAUAAUAAAGCAUUUUAAGGACAUUUUUAUUAUCACAAAUACUUUAACACAAACAAAAUAUUAUAUUGAAUUCAUCCAAACGCAAAUAGUUUUGUUAAGUUUUAAUAAUUUUUAUUAAAAAUUUAUUAAUUGUUUUAAUUUAAUUUUUAUUAACAAAUAACCUUUUAUUUAAUAUAAGUAUUGAGAAAUUUUGCAGCUCAAGUUGAAGUCAAGCUUUAAUUUUAUUUAAAUAAUAUUUAUUUAAUUUUUUUACCUUUUAUUUAAAUUUUUAUUAUAUAAAAUUAAAUUUUAAAAGUGUUUAAUAUUGAAAUUUAUAUAAUUUACCAUUUAAUUGCUUUAUAUUCAAUGGAUUUUAAAGACAAGCUAUAAAAUAUAUAUACGAUGCAUUCUUGUAAGAAUACUGUUACGCUGUCAAAAGAGUUUCCAUUUCAUUUACACUUCUUGCCAUUUCUAAAAGUCUUUUUUUAAUUGUUCUAACUUUAAGUAGAACAACUUUGAUCUAAAUAUUAUUUGUAUGAAAUUUUUUAAUCAUUAUAAUUUGAAAAGAUUACUGCUUAGUCCUUUGAUACUACAAUAUCAAAAUUUUUUUUUGCUUUAUAUCAUAUAAAACUAAACUCUUUGAACAAUAAUUUACUUUUAAAAUUGUUUGUAGUAAUGAAACGAAGGAAAUAAAGUUUUAACAGAAAACGCAGGGACACAGUUUACUAAAACAAAUUAACAAGUGCGAAAGUAGUAUUAAAGUAUACAAAAAAAACCUAAACCUAAAAAAUUAUGUAUGUAUGAAAUCAUAUUGAUAAAUAUUUUAUUUUUAUUUAAAAAGAAGCAAUAAAUUGAAAAAAAAAAACAAACCUAAUAAAAUGAAUUAGAUUAAAUAUAGUUUAAACAAAAAAAAAGGAAAACCAUUUGAAUGCAGUGCCUUAAAACUGAGUGUUGUAACUUUACAGUAGAUUGUGUGGAGAAAGUAAAAUUGAGAUAAUUUUUAAAUUUGUUUUCAAAAUUUCCUAAAAACAACAAUCCCAUUGCCUCAAUAUGAUUUCAUAUUAUAGAUACUAAUAAUAAAUAUUUUAUUAUAAAUGAAAAACAAAACAUGAAAACUUAACUAACAUUCCUUUUAUUUCUUAGAAGAAACAAAAACAAAAUCAAAUUUCUUAAAGAAUAAAAUAAAAUAUUUUAUUAAAAUAAAACAAAUUAAACACAUUUUUAAAAUUCAAAAUGCAAUGAAAUAAACACAAGUAUAUUGCUAAAGUAAUUAAAAAAAAAACUAAUUAAAUAAACUAAAGCGCAUACAACAACAUAUAUUUUUGUCCCCCUAUUUAAUAGAACUAUAAAAUAAUAAUUAUAAUUAUUAACUUAGUAUUAAUGUGAAAUAAUCAUUUACCAAAUUAUUUAUUAUACCCAUGUACUUAAUGAAACACCAAAAAAAAGUAAAACAAACCUAAAUGAUUUAAAUAUUAAAGAAGUCAAAGAUGAAAGAAACAUAAACUUUCUUAUAUACACAUAUUACUAAAUAUUAUAUAAGUCAUACAUUUGCAUUUAUUAUAAUUACAUAUAUGCAAUUAUAUACAUACAUAUAUACCCAAACACAGACGCAUUUAGCAUAUAUACAAACAUACGUAUUUAUUAUU